GCAUCGCUGCCCCAACCUGGAUACUGUAACCAUACGUCUUUAUUGACAUCAAACAAAACAAUGCUAGCCCAGGGCGUGACGAAGGAAGCAGGUCAUGGCAUACGGCGUGCACCACACCGCGCACCUAGUGCGCCUUGCAGUUCGAGAUCCACAAUAGUCACACGUGUCUCAAGCGCACCAGGCGCGCCCUCGCCAGCGAACCUGCGACAAGCGGGGCCAGUGGAUGCUGCGCCGGACUACAAGCCCAUCGACUCGCAGCCGCUGAACAUCAUUGUGAUGGCGCUCUUCCGCCGCAAGAUGGUCGAGGCGCUGGGCUCGGACUCCAAGCUGUCGGGUUACGACGCGAUCAUCGACCUCACUCGCAAGCUCAACACCAAGUUCCGCACGGCAGCGGAGACACAGGAAGCCACUCGCGGCAUCCUCAAUGCGCUGUUCCCCUCCUGGCUGCCCGGCGCCUUCAAGGUGAUGUUCUCCCGGCCGCUGCCCGAGUUCUCCUGCCGCCUGAACGCCUUGGCCACAGCCAUGACCUGCCAGUGGCUCAUGGGCCCAUGCAAGGUCAACGACGUGGAGAUUGACGGCGGCAAGGUGGGCACGGGCCACGGCGUGCUGGUGGAGCGCUGUCGCUACCUGGAGCAAGCGGGUUGCGCCUCCGUGUGCAUCAACAGCUGCAAGGUGCCCACGCAGAGCUUCUUCGAGAAAGACAUGGGUCUGCCGCUCACCAUGACGCCCAACUAUGACGACUUCAGCUGCCAGUUUUCCUUCGGCAAGACGCCCGACCCCGUGGACCGGGACCCCGCUUUUGCCACGCCGUGCUUCACCCAGUGCCCCAGCAAGAGGUCCCGUACGCCUGUUUGCGGUGGCAUCGAGCUGCCGUCCAUGCCGGGGGCGGCUGCGAGCCCGUAAACAGGCAGGAAGUGCGCGGGGCUGCGGCCGGGGCCGUUGUGGUGGCGGCAGGAGGCUUCGGGGGGCACCUCGCGGUGCGCUUUUGGUUUGCCAUGCUGGGCUGAAGAUUUGAUGUUGCUGUAAGGAGAAGAAUGUAUGAUGCAGGGAGGUCUGCAAGUGCACAGAAGUGUGGCGCAAGGCUGGGGUAAGCUUCAGCGUUGUGCAGUUUUGGUCGCGGUUGCCAUGGAAUCGUGUUCAGAUGUACUUCGUAUGUAUGUGGAAUGGGUGCGGUCGUGGCCAUCACCGCAGUUGCCGUUGAGCAAUACUGUCUUCCUUAGUGCUUAAUUCUCGAGGAUUGUUGUUGCCUGGACGCACGUGACCGUGUCAGGGCGUUUAGUGCCCGGCGCUAGGCUCCAUGUUGUGUAUAGCACGGAUACGGAUGGGGCUAAUGCCUGCACCGCAGGACCAGAUGAAUCUAAGACGCGAUAUAAGUGUAGGAAUGAUAAUUGGGCGGCUGAAUGCAUCGGGCGCUCUGCUUUAAGAGGUGUGCGGGAGUUGUGGGAGGGGAGUCGCUGUGUGGGCGGUCGGGCGAGCCGGGGUUGCUGGCAGCGCUGGCCCCACACUCAGGGAACUGCGGGCAGACCGCCCUCAGUCCUGAACUGAACUGCGAAGGUAUAGCAAUCAUCUUGCGCUGCUCCUCAGCCCGCAUGCGCAGGCCGGUGCGGCACAGAUUUCAGGAAUCGAGGUCAGACCACACUUCUUCAAAAGCAACUGGCUAAUAUAUCUGCGCAUUUGUAGAAUAAUAAACCC